CCAUUCACAUCUUUGGAUGCACGCAGUCCACUUUAUAUCUAUCAUUUUCACCCACAAGCCUACAAACAGAGCCCGAAAGUCAUGAAUUUGAACGUGUCCAAGUCUGAACACAAGGCUGGCAGCAAGAUGGCAACCCGAGCCACAGGACCUGGAUCUCCACACAAGGGCCCCCCACGCUUCAAACAAAGAUCCACCCGGCAGUUCAAAAGCAAACCACCUAAGAGAGGCGUUAUUGGAUUUGGUGAUGAAAUCCCUGGAAUGGAAGGCUUGGGAACCGAUAUCACUGUGAUCUGCCCCUGGGAAGCAUUCAGUCAUCUGGAGCUGCAUGAAUUAUCUCAGUAUGGCAUCAUCUAAUUAAAAAAAAUAAUCUUCUGUACUACUUAAUAAUUAUGUUCCUCUUUUUAUAAGCAAGCAGUGGAUUUAACAAUAAAAAAAGGUUCUGUUUUGUUUUGUUUAUAAUUGUUCAAUAAUUAUAUAUCAGGAGAUAUACUGUAUAGUUAUAGUAUAUAAUGAUGAAAUUAGCCAGGCUAGGUAGCCAUCAAACCAAUUUUCCAUAUAGAAUAAAAAUCUUACAGUUUUUCCCUGUCAGGUGCAGUUUUAUUAGUCUUUUCAUUUUUCAUAGAACACUUAAUGAAUCGCUUAAUGAUUUUAUGAUUUUAAGCAUAAACUCUACUGAAUUUAUGGUUUAUUUUAGCAUCUUUUUUUUCCCCCUGCAGUUUUAUUUAUGUAAAGGGUUCCCUUGGUCAGUUCCUAACUAUUGUUCACAUACAGUGUGAGUGUAUUUAAAGAAUAUGUGUGUACUACACACAGUUCUACUUUACUGUCAAAUGUGAGUAAGUAUUACACACAGAAGUUAUAAAUAUACAGAAUAUUUGCAACAUUUAUUUAUACAGUUUUUCCCCCUGCACUUUCUUUCAACAAGACACCAAAAAAAAUCUCAGCUCUCUCAGUAAACAGUGGACAUUUGACUUACUCAGUAGAAAUUGUUUACUUUUUAACCUUAAUUAAGCAGAAAUUGUUUAAUGUAGUAAACAUGUAUUUGUAUGUCUCCAAGCCACCAUUUGUGUCUUGUCUACACUCAGUUGAGUGCUGUGGUUGUGGUGUGUUUACUGGUCUUAUGAUGCUUUGGCACUGGAGAACAAGAAAGACCCACAAUCAUUAGCAGCACUGAAAUGACUCGAGCACUGAAUAAAGAUUAUUUUGUACUUUU